CUUGACGUUAAUAGCCGGGCAAAUCUCUAUUGGUCCUAAGGUUCGAAAUGUUUUUGGCCUUUAUGGGAUUCAAACUUGCGAGCUCAGGAGGGGCAAUUAAACCUUUUAUUUACUUUCUCAUACGCACUUGACCAAACCCGUUAGGUUCCCUAGCUUUAUUCGUUUUGUUGGCCUUUUCUUUUGGCCAAUAUGAUGAUCUAGAUUUGAAUCUGUUUUCCAAGAAUGAAGUAGUGUGGUCACUAAUUUUUUCCAAGAUUAAUAUAAGUUAAAGGGUCAAAUAUAGUAGAAUCUUUGGUCUUUUUUGAAAUAAAAAAGUGAGAAAAAUUAAAUGGAACUCAAUUAUUAGGUAUCAGAAUCUUGAGUUAUGAUGGCGUUAGAGCAUAAAGUGAAGGGAUAGAGAUGGUAAACCAUGGGAGCUGAGGGUAGCUCUCACCUGAUUGCUCCCCUUAGCCUUAUAAAUAGGCCUCAACAUCUUCCUCACUUCAUGUCCAACUAGUUUUCUUUGUUUCCGACUUUCAAACCCCCCCUCCCUCUCUCACCAACCUUUCUGUGCUUUUUCUCUGAUUCUACAUCAACUUCUUCAUGGCUUCCCUCAAGGUGGAUGAAGUAACCAAAGAAUCAGGUGAGAUGUCUCCAACAAUUGAAGAAACCAAACUCUCGCCAACCGAUCAAGACACCAUCAGUACUCCACCGACCGAAUCCGAAACCACCCAACCAAAGGAAAUCCCAGUGUUGGACGAAGAAAAAGAAAAACAACCAUUGGAAGACGAAGAAGAGAAGCCUGCAGAAUCCUGGCCGAUCAUUGAGGAAGAAGCUGCACCCGAUACUUCUUUUGAAGCCGGCUCGGGGGGAACGACACAUGAAUUUGGCGAAGAGGAAGACGAGGACGAGGACGAUGAUUAAGAUCUCUUAUAAUGCUCGAUUGAGGUCGAAGAAGAAAGGGCUGAUUCUUGUUGUGUCUGCUGAGUGAGGCAUUAUUGUGAUGAAAGAAUUCUAGGGUUUUGAGUGGUUGCUACGUCAGAGCCUACUAUAUUAUGGUGGGAGGAGUGACUAAAAACUAUGGAGUUUUAUUUUUAUGUGCUGCUUUUUAUUAAUUGUCUAUCUUUGUGUAAUUUUAAGCCAUGUUCUGGGUUUUGCAUGGCGAGUUAUCUGUACCGGUUUGAUUUGGAAAAACGUUAUUUGUAUUUUGUGAUGUUUUCUUUA